GCGGCGGCGCUUCGGAGGAUCGGCACGGCUGGGCGUUGUGGUCCGAGUCCCUAAUAAAGAUGCACGUCUAUUUAAUCCUUCUGUGUGUGGUGUCUGGGGGCUUUGGAGAGAAUUGGUUCCUCUGCAAACAAAAAAAAAGGUCUGCUGUCCUCUGGCAGAUGUCAGAGUGAAAGGCAGACCCCGUGUCACUGCAUUAACGCCGAAUCGCUUCUUUCUUUGCGAGGCACAGAAUUCUUGUGCAUUCACACAGCAUAAAUGACAGCAAGGUCAGGCCAAUUUUCAUCUGACUUUCUCCAGUGAUUAGCUGGGAUUUGCCUGAGCAUCUAUCAGUCCCCUUGAGCUCUAUGUCACAGUUUGUGUCACCGAGCAAGGGCAGGCACAUCUGGCACCUCUGGGGACACCAGCCAGGCUCUAAGAGGAGGCAGUUAAUUGAGCUUUCCAGCUGCUGGUGCUUUCUAGAAGUCCUCAGCCUCGGUUUGGGCCCCUGCAUGACAAGCUUGACAAAGUCUUGUCUGUUGGAAGGACUGAGGAGAGCUUGGGAAUCAGUGAAACACAAGCUCAAAGCACCUACCACCAAGUGGAGAAGUCCCAAACUACAACAACUGAAGAAGCAGAGCAGGGCUGCUUUAAGCAGGGAUGAUCCUUUCACAUACCAGGGCCUUGAAGUUACAGCGAGACGUGUCCUGCCUGCGUCAACGAGGAGGCAGAGGAGCCAGAAAGAGCAGCCCGUCCCCAUGGAGCUUUCAGGGCUCAGCAGAGGCUUUUUCCAUUUCACACCACACCUUGUGCUGUGGUUACCCCAACAGAGCACACCCCGAGCAGCAGGAAGAAGCUUCCUUUGUUGGACGAGGUGCUAUAAAUGUUUUUUACUCGCUCACACUGCACACACAGAACUCCCCAAGGGGCUGUGUCCUGAGCCUCACCUCCCCAGCAGUUCCAGGGCAAGACCCCAUCAGCUGCUGAGCCAUUUUCCAGCUUACCGACAAGCUUUCCCGUGGAGGCUUCUGCAUUUCUUGGCACAACUCUUGGGCCUCUGGGCCCUUUUUGCCAAUCUGUUUCAAAGCAGCCUCUCGUGUUGCAGUUCUUCCCAAUUUUCUUAAUGAAGUGACGAAAUCAAGCAAGCAAAAGUCCAGUAAAAAAUGCAGAACAUGCAAAUGAGCCAAGGGAAGUGCCUGUCAGACCAUAAGGACCAGCAUCUGCACUUUGCCCCUUUAUUCCUCUAACAUUCCCCUGCUGUCCUGGCAGAGCAGCUGCUGGGGAUUUAUCCCCCUGCGUUUUGCUAACUUACAGUCAGAGUCAGCGAUCCAUCACCCUUUGAGAAGCCCUGUGGCCCAAGCACCUCGCAGCCCAAGCCUGAGUUUUGCAGAGCACAGCACUGGAGGCAGGUGCAGUUCCCAAAUCGCUGAGUCCGACAGACACGACAAAGCCAGACGAGUCUGUGUGUUUCCCUGCAGGCACCACCUUCCUGCCGGGGAGCCUGUCCUGCUGGAGAGGAAUUUACACAGCCCGUACGUUCUGGUGGGAUGCCAAGAGUCCGGAUCAGAUCACCAUGACCAGAUCACCGUGACAACACCACAAACACUCCCGGAGGCGGUAAGGCAAGACCACAAGGGCUGUAAGGGUGCAGCCCCAGGCAGGCCCCGUGGGGCUUGCUGGCUCCCACAGGUAGGAAGGGACAAGCACAGCGACGCUGCCAGUGCUGCACAGCUCCUUAACAUCACCUCGGCCACCCCUAUAACCGCUCUUCCAGGCUUCCACCAGCCCAGGAAGAGCAUUUUUGAAGCAACAACAGUAGCCUCCACAGCUUAAGGCUGCACAAAUUAGGUCUGAGCAGAGGUGGAGACAAUGGACAAGGAAAAGGAAGAUGCUGCCCUUGAUGAAACAGUAGAGAUGAUCGUCGCAAAUGUGAUACAUGGUGCAACAGAACAAUUCAUAGCCCUGCAGAAAAAAGAGAAAGAAGCUGAAUAUGUUGCCAAAAAUAUUCAGUGGACCACCUGCAAGGACUUCACAGUGGAGAGAGGACGGCAGCAGAUUGAAGAAUACAUUUCCACAUGGGAGUUUCAUGAAAGCUGGCUUCACUGGUCUGAAUUUCUCUGUGAGGAAGAACUGACGUACAGCAAGAUGUACCACUACAGAGUUCUCUGGAGCAUCCCGACACGCAGAAAACCUAUCCCGCAAGCGACAGCAAGCGUCUAUUUCAUUAUAGAGAUCUCCAAAAUCAAACCUGAUACCUUUCCGGUGGAGGUAUUCUUCUUCCUGGAGUCCAGCAGGCUGAUUUUCAGGCCAGAAUACUGUCGAUUUAGAGAAAAGUGGCUUAAGGAUAUCAUUAUAAAUAAACUAAGCCUCAAGCAACGCCUCGCAUUCAAAUGAACAGCUCCAGUUCACAGACAUCGACGCUCUGUUGGUAUUUGUGGAGGAUAAACACACACAACGAAGAAAAAACGGCGCUUCCUUAUUAGCUUGUGGAUUACCUUGUGGAUGUGUAAGGAGCAUUAAACUUGUGCAGAAUCACGGCCUGACCUGGCUACUGGUUUUAAGUCAUAGUCCCCUGCAGGUAUAGGUGGGUGCAACGGGAGAGGACCAGGUCCCAGGGUGUAAACGGGAAGAGGCAGCUGGGCUAGAAAUGCUGUUUGCAAAUGCCAGGCCUGCAAGACUCUGGGGCAAACAUUAUAGGACUUAUUUUUGUUGUACAAAUGUACAAGACAUCUCUGCUGCCAAAACUACAACGCAAAGUGAGGAGGGGGGGGAAGCCCUCUAGAAAACACUCUGUUUUUAAACACAUUUGAGAAAAAAUAAGCCUAAGGGAGUUACUUUUGGAAAUACACAGUUGAAUCAAAGGUAGCCACCAUAGAAUUACUUGGAGUAAGCUUCUGAGUACAGAGCUUAGAGAGUCAUGUCAGACUGCUGAAACAGACUGAAGUAAAAUAACACAGGAAUUAAAAUAAGGCUUUAAUCUAGAACACUUCUGUAGACCAAAAAAGAAAAAAAAAAGUAAAUUGAAAGAUACAUCCUCGUUAUCACCUGUGUACAUCCAGGUUCCAAUCGCCGCACCCCACCGCUCCGAUACCUAUGUAUAACAUA